GAGUUUCUCACAUCUUGAACGUUUGAAUACAUGCAAUAAAUCAAUUUUACCGCCUAUAGAAACCACGUGAUGGCGCUUUGAGUCGAUCGAUAACGAUGAAUUACUCUUUAAAUAAAUGUGCGUUCAGUUUCUUCAUUCUACAGAAAUGAGUUUUAACUUUGGAGCAGAGAUUGGAAAUAAGUAGCGUUUAAAAAAAGAACCACAUCGCUUCUGUUACCAUGUGAAAAUGCGGUAAAGAUUGCAAAAUGACUUCUUGGCGGGAAUAUGAAAUAGGAGAAGUCAUUAUUUGUAAUGAGAAUAUCUGGCAUCGAGUGGCAUUGCAUGGAUUAUAUUGUAUCACAGAGAUGAUCAAGUAUUAUUGGAGCAAUAGAUAAUACGAUGACAAGGAUAAUAGAAGUACAACAUGUUCAAAAUUCUUUCAAUGCCCAAAAAUAUUCCAUGCGUUCCUGCAGAGUAGCAGUAAGGUUAACGUUUCCGGGCCAUUCAAUUAUAUACUAGAGUUUCCUAUUGGCCUGUAUUAAUUCUCCAGCGGAAAGAGCGAAUGACACUGCCAUGGAGACCGCAUACUUCGAUAUAAAAAUGGAGCUGCAUAAGAAGUGUUCUACGAAUCCAAAAAUUAAGAAGAUUCAUCUAGAGAUAGACGUGACACGACUAACGGAAGCUUUGACAGUGUGUUUGGAAUUUCCGGGAGUUUCCAUUGUAUUUGAUGAUUAGACUGGACGAUGUGGAUUGGCAUCAGAGGAAUUAGCCAAUCACGAGUGCUAGAACGGCAAAGGGGGAUUGGAACACAUUACUGUCUCUCUCAGGCGCAAGCCGGCGCCGGUUCACCGAAAGAACCGUCCGUAGAGCGUGCCAACUGCUACGAGGUGAGUUUCUGGUACGCAGUUUGCCGAAUAAGCGAGUCUCUAACUUCGUGCAGUCUUCAAAAAUACGUAACGUGCUUCCGUAUAUAAGAAACAACGAGGAUGGCGACCGUUGAAUAUUAUCAAAAUCAGACCCAGCCCGAAGGUGCUAGCCAGCAAACGCAGUCGCAGCAACAGCCGCAGCAGCAGCAACAGCAACCAACCGCCGGAAUCCCAGGCAAAGAUGAUGAACGAAAACUCUUUGUCGGUGGACUCUCUCGUAAUACUACCGACAAAGAUCUACGGGAGCAUUUUGGAAAGUUUGGUGAAAUUGAAAGCAUCUCCGUGAAAAUUGACCCCUACACGGGAGUACCGCGGGGUUUUGCUUUCAUGGUCUUCGCCAAUCCGAAAACCAUCGACAAGCUGCUGGCUUCUGGCGAACACUACAUCAACAAACGGAAGGUUGAUCCUAAGCGUGUCAGUAAGAAGCCUCAACAUGGAAAGAUAUUUGUUGGUGGCUUGACGCCUGAAAUUACAGAUGAAGAUAUCAAGUCAUACUUUGGUCAGUAUGGAACAAUAGUAGAGUUACAAGCACCAUUUGACAAAUUGAAGAACCAGCGCAAAGGCUUUUGCUUUGUGACAUUCGACUCGAGGGAUGUAGUCUACAAGUUACUUCAGUCUCCGAAGCAAGUGAUAAAUGGGAAAGAAGUAGAUGUCAAAAGGGUUAAAGUAAACCCUGACCCAAACCGCCAAGGAUUCUGGGGAGCAGGUUAUGGUUAUGGCUAUGGUGGAGGGUAUGGCUACAUUCCUGAGUAUGGUAAUGGUUACCAGGGAGGCUAUGACGACGUAUACGCCAACUACGACUACACGAGCUGUGAAGGCUAUGAAAAUAUGGGUUACGCGCAGCAGGGUAAACCUCGAGGAAAUGGUCAGGGUCCUCGUCAAUUUCAAAGACAUCAACCUUACUAAUCGCAAUGCAUGAAAAUCCUAUGUGUAUUACGGAUCGGGUGAUAAAUCAAGAGCGCAGCAGGUGGUAAAGCGGGCGACGUUGCUAAUGCAGAGCCGAAUUUGGAGUGUCGCUGAACAAAGUGUUUACAAUUCUUAACACAAGUAUAUACAUAUACGUGUAUAUACUUAACAGUCUUUAACGAGACCUCAAAUUCGGUGCUACGUACGUCUUUAAAAAAAAACGUUAACACUAUCCGCUUAAACGUCACGUACGUUUCUGGACGGAAAUAUAAAUUCAUCAGGGGUUCAAAGUGAGUCUGAUUGUAUUAAGAAGUUACGUAAAAGAGUAACGUCGCGCGUCGUACCUCCUACUGUGCGAGAUGCUAUCGAGAAUCAAAGUUCCAGUGCGUUUUCUCGCAAUGGCAAAGACUCGAAACAUGAAAUUUGUACAGCCUGUUUAAGAUGCAUGUGGCCUGGAAGAGAUUGAUCGCGUAGCGACAAUUAAAAAUCCUAAUGAAAAGUGGCACGGGCAUAUUUUACAAGCGCGCGCCGAUUAACAAUGAACAUAACGAUUCAAUUUUGGCCCUUUUUGUUUCUCUCUUUUUUUUUUCUUUCUUUCGAUAGCUCAUAAUCACUAACUCGUACGCCCUAAUUAUUUAAUACUCUAAUGAUUUUCUUUAGGAUUCUAAGUUGUAUUAGUAUUCGUUAUUAUAUUAUCGCCUCUCUGUUUCUCCGCGACUCGACGAUCAAUGGAUAUAUAAUAAUGUAACGUUUAAGUUUUUCAGCCGAUACGCAUUUUAAGUUGGUUAAAUAUCAUCAGUACCGAAAGACGGAAUCGUAGCGUAUAAUGUUUCUUGGAGGCUGAGCAGUUAUCACGCUACAAUGAACGAAACAAUAUUUUCUCCUUAUAAAAUCAUAACCAAAAUGCAUUAUCUAUUCUCACGUAAUUGUUUAAUCUAAAACUAAGAAUUUGUAACUUGUAAGGAAUUAUAUGAGAUACGAUCCUGAUGCAAAUGCGGAAGCGCAUGUACACACCGGUUUCCGUUUACCCUAGUGGUAUGUAAAAAAAAAAUGAACGUGCGUAUGUAUAUAUGUAUGUAUACACAUGUCUUUUUCAUGCGUGUGUGCGUGGGUCUAUACAAGCGCGCGUAUAAGCCCAUAACGUUUAACCCCUUAGAAAGGAAAGAAAAAAAAUUAUAUAUCAAAAAAGAAGAAAAUACGAAAAUAUAAUUAAAAUAUGAAUGUACCUGGGUACCGAAGAAAUUUGCGAGUGGUGGUAAAUUAUUUCGGAAGAAAGCUGGACUUUUCACGCAAAAGUAAUGAAUUGUUGCCGUACUGGAACCUCGCGGCAACGAGCGUAAUAACGUCGCCUUAAGUGCAAGACGAAGAUGUAUGAGAUAUCGCACAUUUUCUUUAGGGCAGCGACGCGUCGCGACGGUUGGAUAUUAUUUCGUGACUGUCGUAAGGCUUCCAUCGCAUUUUGUAUUGAUUAACAAGUCCCGUUCAAUACGCGAAGACUGUUCCUCAUAUCGUGAGAAGACUGUAAACAGAUGUAGCGCAUUAAUUGACACGAUAAAAUAUAUAUGUAAAUGUCUAUGGAUAUUUAUGUAUAUACAAGCCGUAGCAGAUUUUUGAUAACUUGGGAAACUUGCGAUCGCAAUUCUGACUGCAGACUAAAUUUUGGCGAACAAAGUGAAGGGAAGUGAGAAAAAAAUGAUUGAAAAAUGUCGAUACUUUGUAGACCGUCUUUAUAAAUAUGAAAAUUAUCGUGGUAAACUACAUUUAGGAAAUAACGAAAUUAUAUCGUUUGUAAGGCUGAUCGAGCUUUAAAACUUACAAGAUUUGUUUCAGAUACUACAAAAGUAUUAACAGUUUGGCUUAAACGUAACGAAAUGAUUAACGACGUGGCGAAUGUGCGAUUAUUGUAUGAUUCCUUACUUUUUGAGAUUUUAAGCCAAGCUAACCGUGCUUUUGAAAUUCAACAUGUAUACUAUGUAUACCGAAUUUUUGCUGCGUGCGAGACAAAUAUGAGAGGAAGUAAAAACGAUGUGUGGAAUUAAAGAAGAUAAUACGAAUAUUUUGUUACUAUUAAUUACUAUUCGGUUGUUUCACCCAUGACACAGUGUAUAUUUUAAUUAUAACAAAAAAUAAAAUGCCCAUUAUCUGAA